GUGUUGACCCAGGGGAUUAGCUGUCACAUUGCAAGUGACACGUUACGUUUUCGUUCCUCGGCUAUACACAAAGCUCAAUAGGCUGAGCCGUUGAAAUAAAUAUUUACCUGGAGCCCGUCCCUCCGUAUACAGCGCUGCUGCUCUCCACACACAGCAGCGAUCCCAAAGAAAGCGGACCAGCCAGGGCCAUGGCGUCGAAGGCGGAGGGGAAGAGAGCCUCCGUGGCUAGCGUAAGAGAACCCGUGGACAAGGACAUACAGAAGAUGCCAUUGAUGAAAUCCAAGCUCCAGCUGGGUAACGUGUCGAUCAGUAAUCAGGCCUCCUGGAGUUUCACGGGACUUCUAGCAGCUCAGAGAAUGACCAAAAAUCUAAAGGAAAGAAGGGCAUUAAAAGGAACAAAGAAGAUAGACAUUGUGACGCCUCAGCCGCCUUCAUUUGCCUCCCGGCCCUCUGAGAAGGUCCAGGUCACAGCCAUCAAACAGAUUUUGGAAGGCUACCUGCCGGGGAAGAUAGGGGAGAUGGCUUACGACACCGCGCUGGCUCCAUCGCUGGCGAAGGAGAUCAGCGAGGAGGUGAAGGGGCUGGUGAAACGGGUGCUGCCAGCUCGGUAUAAGGCGCUGUGCAUUGUGAACCUCGGAAAAAGGGAACAAGAGGACAUUAUCGUGGUCAGCCGGUGCCUGUGGGACCCUUAUUCUGACAGCUACGUGGCGCACGUGUACCAAAAUUCCAGUUUAUUUUGUGUGGUGUCUGUGUAUGCCGUAUACUUUGAGUGACUUUGUUAUCUUCCAUGACUUUACUAUACGUCACUAUCCCCUGUCCGUACAUACACGCUAUAGGGUUCCCAAUGAUUCCUAAUGAGUAAGUGGAGAUUUUUGCUGUUAUUUUAUAUAUAUAUAUAU